UCAGCCAAGAUGCUGCUGGCGCAGCAGGCGCUCAACCGGCUGCGUCACUGGACGUCAGGGCACCACCACCACCACCACGCGAUGACCACCGACAACGGAGGCUCUCCACUUAGGCAAGACCUCAUGGACGACGCCAAGUCGGCAGAGGAGGCCAAGACACUCCUACGAAGGCCCCGCGAGGAGGACUGCUCCGAGGCGUACUCGGAGGACAUGUCCACGCUGUCCAGUGGGGGCGCUGGCUGCGCUGGUGGCGCCGCGAAGGCGUCCUCGUCCGCGGGAGACCUGCUACUGGGCCUGGGUCCGACGCACUUUAAGGGCAUCUCACGCAGGGUCCAGUCCAGCACGGCCGUGGCGGUCAAGACGCAGGACGCCGGACACGCCAGGGCUUCUGGAGACUUCUGCUGCCCCGCGGCCUCCGGCGGCGUGUUCCUACCUGAAGGUCGCGCCCUGAGCGCCGCUUCGUCCGAGGAGACCUGGUCGACGACGGGAAAGAAAGGCGGCCACCAUUUCGCUUCCAGUCAGAGGUCCAUCGACGGUUUCUUCAAGCGCCUCGUCCGGAAAAAGUGACGACUGCCUCAGCGG